CGGUCAUUCGAUGAGAAACACCGUGACGUACUUCCUCUAUAAUUCAGCUCGGGGCAUCGACACCUAAACAACCCGAGCCUCCAGACAAAAACAUCCUCUUGUUUACUUUUUUACAGCAGUAACAAUUUCAUCUGAACAUCGUAACACUCGCAACACAACAUGCCCCAGAACGAGCACAUCGAGCUUCACCGCAAGCGCCAUGGCUACCGCUUGGACUACCACGAGCGCAAGCGCAAGAGGGAGAGCCGUGAGGCUCACACUCGCUCGCACAAGGCCCGCAAGAUGAUCGGCCUCAAGGCCAAACUCUACCACAAGCAGAGGCAUUCCGAGAAGAUCCAGAUGAAGAAGACCAUCAAAAUGCACGAGCAGAGGAAGACCAAGCAGAAGGAUGACGACAAGACCCCCAAGGGCGCCGUGCCCGCCUACCUGCUGGACCGCGAGGGCCAAACUAGAGCCAAGGUCCUCUCCAACAUGAUCAAGCAGAAGCGCAAAGAGAAGGCGGGCAAAUGGGAGGUGCCGCUGCCCAAGGUGCGAGCACAGGGUGAGACAGAGGUGCUGAAAGUCAUCCGGACAGGCAAACGGCAGAAGAAGGCCUGGAAGCGAAUGGUGACCAAAGUUUGCUUCGUGGGUGAUGGCUUCACGCGCAAACCCCCCAAAUACGAGCGCUUCAUCAGACCCAUGGGUCUGCGCUUCAAGAAGGCGCACGUGACGCAUCCCGAGCUGAAGGCCACCUUCUGCCUUCCCAUCCUGGGUGUGAAGAAGAACCCGUCGUCGCCACUCUACACCCAGCUGGGCGUCAUCACCAAGGGCACCGUGGUGGAGGUCAACGUCAGCGAGCUGGGACUGGUCACGCAGGGAGGCAAAGUCGUGUGGGGUAAAUACGCGCAGGUGACCAACAACCCCGAGAACGACGGCUGCAUCAACGCAGUCCUUCUGGUUUAAUUAAGACUCUUUACUCACUCAAAACUAAAGACUGCCUGGUGAAGACAUGUGCUGGGUGUGAGGACUUUCAUUUAAGCAGAUACCGGACACACAAGGAGGUGACUGGUGCCAACAGUUGAUACCAAUAAAGUUAAAGCAAACGCGUGAGUACAAUUUCAAAGGGAGCGUCUCGUUUAUUGUCCGUGAUAGGCAUGAUGACAUGACAGCUUCCAAUAUUGUGCUUUUUGUGUUUGCGUCCCUUCACAAGUACAAUAAAUACAUCGCAAAGGUUUUCUCAAA